AUGCAGACUAAACACUUCUUCAACAACCCAACACACUUGGUCUCUUCCGCUUUGCGCUCUCUCACCAUCACGAACCCCUCCCUCGCUUUUGACGAAGAGAAUAAGAUAAUUUACCGCCGCCCCUCGAAAGAUGCGUGCAUACAGCCCAAAGUCUCUAUCAUCUCGGGUGGAGGAUCCGGUCACGAACCUGCGUUUGCCGGUUUCGUGGGAAAAGGCCUGUUGACAGCUUCCAUAGCCGGAACCAUAUUUGCUUCUCCUUCCGCAGAGCAAGUGAGAAGAGCUGUGAUGCAGCGAGUGGACACAUCCAAGGGCGUGUUAAUUGUCACGAUGAACUAUACUGGCGAUGUGCUUAAUUUUGGAAUGGCCGCUGAAAAGGCAAAGGCAGCGGGAAUUAAGACGGAGUUUUUCUCCAUUGGGGAUGAUGUUGGCGUCGGUAGAGCGAAGGGAGGGAAGGUUGGCCGGAGGGGUAUUGGCGGUGGCAUCCUGGUGCUGAAAAUAAUAGGAGCACUGGCUGAAAAGGGGGCCCCAUUGAGUGAAGUAUACGCAACCGCACAGUUGGCUUCGCAUAAUGUGGUGACGUUGGGAUCGUCCCUUGAACACGUACAUGUGCCCGGCAGAGUGAUCCCAGAUCCUAAUUCCAACGAGAUGAUACCCAACGAUGAGAUCGAGGUUGGAAUGGGAAUUCAUAACGAGCCCGGCUCUCAUCGAGUGAAAGCUACCAUUGAACAGCUGAUUCAAACAAUGCUGAAACAGCUUCUGGAUCAGAACGACAAAGACCGUGGAUUCUUGAAGUGGGGACCUUCAGACAGCUUCGUCCUCUUUAUCAAUAAUCUAGGUGGUGUGAGCACCCUAGAGUUGUCUGGAAUUACUGCAGAAACAAAUCUCCAGCUACAGCGAGAGUAUCAAAUCAAGCCUGUCCGAACAAUCCAGGGAACUUUCUUAACCAGCUUGAAUGGGAUGGGCUUUAGCAUCUCACUAUUAAGAUUAGCUGAUACUGGACUUGGGCCGGGAAAAUCUCUCCUUGAGCUUCUAGAUGCGCCCGCUGAAGCAGUUGGCUGGGCUGCCCCGAUUCAAACGUCCACCUGGGAAAAUCAAUCAGACGAAACAUUCGAUGGUCGACGAGCAUCCUCCGUCCACGAGGCCCCUUCAAACCUCAAAGUGGACGCCUCCCUUUUCAAAAAGGCUCUCACAUCCGGAUUAAACCGUCUCAUUGCCGCAGAAAGCCUAGUAACUCGCUACGACACAAUUGUGGGCGAUGGAGACUGCGGUAUCGGUUUGAAGCGCGGAGCAGAAGCCAUUCUAGAUCUCAUGGAUAACCCCUCCAUCGCAUCAAACAACGAUAUCAUUCGCAGCCUCAACAAAAUCAUCAGUGUGGUGGAAACCACCAUGGACGGUACCAGCGGUGCCAUCUACGCGAUUUUCCUCAACGCCCUUGCCCAUGGCCUGAGGGAGCAAGAUUCCUCGUCUAGUCCAACACCAGUGACGGCUCAGAUCUGGUCACAUGCGCUUCAGAGCUCAUUGAAGGCGUUGGCGAAAUACACCCCGGCGCAGCUAGGAGAUAGAACGCUUAUAGAUGCCUUGGUGCCUUUCAUAAACAAGCUUGCGGAAUCGGGGGAUGUUCAUGCCGCUGCGUGUGCUGCAGUAAAGGGAGCCGAGGCCACAAAGGGUAUGAAAGCUAGCCUGGGAAGGUCAGUGUAUAUCGGAGGCGAAGACGAAUGGAUAGGAAGGGUCCCCGAUCCUGGGGCAUAUGGGCUAAGUGAAUUCCUAAGUGGGUUGGCACUUGAAAUUUGA